AUGAAUGAAGACCUGAAGGUCAAUUUAAGCGGGCUGCCUCGGGAUUAUUUAGAUGCUGGCGCUGCGGAGAACGUCUCGGCUGCCGUCUCCUCCCAGGUUCCUGUUGUCGAGCCGGAGCCAGAGCUGGUUGUCAACCCUUGGGACAUUGUCUUGUGUACCUCAGGAACCCUCAUCUCCUGUGAAAAUGCCAUUGUGGUCCUUAUCAUCUUCCAUAACCCCAGCCUGCGAGCACCCAUGUUCCUGCUCAUAGGCAGCCUGGCUCUGGCAGACUUACUGGCCGGCGUGGGACUCAUCAUCAAUUUUGUUUUUGCCUACCUGCUUCAGUCAGAAGCCACCAAGCUGGUCACAAUCGGGCUCAUUGUCGCCUCUUUCUCUGCCUCUGUCUGCAGCUUGCUGGCUAUCACUGUUGACCGCUACCUUUCCCUGUAUUACGCGCUGACGUACCACUCGGAGAGGACGGUCACGUUCACCUAUGUCAUGCUCGUCAUGCUCUGGGGGACCUCCAUCUGCCUGGGACUGCUGCCCGUCCUGGGCUGGAACUGCCUCAGAGACGAGUCCACCUGCAGCGUGGUCAGACCUCUCACCAAGAACAACGCGGCCAUCCUCUCCGUCUCCUUCCUCUUCAUGUUUGCGCUCAUGCUUCAGCUCUACGUCCAGAUCUGCAAGAUCGUGAUGCGGCACGCCCAUCAGAUCGCCCUGCAGCAUCACUUCCUGGCCACCUCCCACUACGUGACCACCCGGAAAGGCGUCUCCACCCUGGCCAUCAUUCUGGGGACCUUCGCUGCUUGCUGGAUGCCCUUCACGCUCUACUCCUUGAUAGCUGAUUACACCUACCCCUCCAUGUACACCUAUGCCACCCUCCUGCCGGCCACCUACAACUCCAUCAUCAACCCUGUCAUAUAUGCUUUCAGAAACCAAGAGAUCCAGAAAGCCCUCUGUCUCAUUUGCUGCGGCUGCAUCCCGUCCAGUCUCUCCCAGAGAGCGCGGUCCCCCAGCGACGUGUAG